CCUGAGUUCCCGCCAAGGGAACGCGCCUUCGAAGAGGGCGGGUCUUCCUCCUCCGCUCUCCAAUUCUUACUUCGUCAUUCUUCGCAUUUUUCUCGAUCCCAAUUCCCGUGAUUAGGGUUUCCUGGAGCUUAAUCUUCGAGCUACACCGUGUGGUAAUCAUGUCCAGGAGGUGCCAGGUUUAGUUUCUGAGAGCUGAAGAGACUUAACUUCCUUUGAGUUGAGUUAGUUGCAGGUCAACUUCGAUCAGUGUGGAGUUCACGUUGCUUUUGAGAGUUUUAUUAUAUUAGAACGGGCAGAUGAAAAGUGAGUUGGUAUUGAGUCGUGAAUUGGACCACGAAAAGUACUGGACAUUUCGAAGUGAUAUUGUAAUUGGUCGUUUUGAUUUUGGUUACGCCAGAAUUCUGACCUACACUUGGGGUUUCUGACCGCGUAUUCGUGGGAUGGAAAUGUGAUUAUCCAUGUGCACUCGCACAAUGGAGUCGAUGAUGGUGCGUUUCCUGCAAGGGAUUUGAUCACUCGAUAACUGGUUUAAGGCAUACGGAGUGCUGUAGAAGUGGCUCAAAUUUUGCAGCGAGAUGGAAUAAUUAUUUCAGUUGAUUCAGAGUGUCGUUUGGCAAGUGGACACGCAGAGUUUUCUCUACGAAUUAAAAGGCAGGAGUAUAUUAGGACUGCGGAAGUUCUUGCCACCUUGUUGGGGAGGUCCAUUACAGCCUUGUGCGUUUGAUCGGUGUAACUAUGGUGGAUGUCUUCGCACUCAACGAUGACGAUGUUGGAACGGGGUCAUGCUCGCAAAGACAACGCGACCUCUCAGAAGCACAAAAGGCUCGCAUGCUUCAGCAGAAGGAGUUGGCGCUGGCUCGGUUGCAAGCUAGGAAGCUCCAACAAGCGCAGGUACCCUCUCGUAGUGGCAUCCACACGUCUUUGCCAGAACAGGCCAGUCCUAAUCUGCUGCACGGAAAUCCUGAUCCAUGUCGACUUCCCAGUCAGGAAUGCAACAACUAUUCCACAAGCCUUGGACCGCAGUUUCAAAAUGGAGUGAAAUUUCAGGUCGAAGGUCGAGGUCCACAGCAGAUUCCACGCCCAUUAAACUCGACAGAGAGCUUGAGGCAUAUCCCAAAGGAGAUGGAAGGAGACUGGAUAUCUGUUCGGAAGAGACCAGCUCCUGGUUGCAGCUUCGGCAGGCGGAUUUCUCCCUAUUUCAAUCAGUCCAAUCCUUCAACUGAGCCUGAGGUCUAUCCAAUAUUCAAAAGCCACAAGACUUCUCCGAAUGUGUCACGUUCCAGCCAACAGUCACUUGGCAACAGUCAGUCGAACGUCAAGAGGUUUCACUGGCAGCAACAAGAACCGUCAGUGAGGUUACUGAAGCCAGAAAAAUCACAGAAUGCUUUGAAUACGGCAUCACAAAAGGGUAAGGUGGUUCCCUCGAAACAGCAGAUGGAAGUUUUAAAGGCCAUUACCCAGCAGAAGUCCGUCUUUAUUACUGGAUCUGCUGGGACGGGGAAAUCUUUCAUUAUAGAGGAUGCACUACGCGUGUUACGUCAAAUGUAUGGAGAGGAUGCUGUCUUUGUGACUGCAUCCACUGGAUUAGCAGCUUGUGCUCUAGGAGGAAUAACACUUCAUUCGUUUGCCGGGGUUGGCAUUGGAUCCGACACUGAGACUAAAGAGCAACUCUUAACCAAGGUCCGGAAGAGAAGAGACGUCAAGGCUCGGUGGACAAAAGCACAGGCUCUUGUUAUUGAUGAAAUCAGUAUGAUCGAUGGGGAGUUCUUUGACAACCUUGAAUAUAUUGCUAGUAAAAUUAAGGGAGGGUCUGAACCGUGGGGAGGGCUUCAGUUGAUUGUCACCGGUGACUUCUAUCAAUUGGAACCUGUCAAGCCUAGCAAUCCUCUGAAAUACUUCGCGUUUCAGGCCGAGUGUUGGAAUAGAAGUUUUGACAUACAGGUGGAGUUAACCCACGUUUUUCGACAGUUGGACAUGGAGUUCGUGAAUAUGCUGAAUGAGAUACGUCGGGGAGUAUGUUCCCCUUCAACUCUUCAUCGCUUAAGGCAGUGCCAAGGUCCUCCAGACCGUGCUGAUAAUGGAAUUGAAAUGACGAGGUUGUAUCCUCAUCAAAUGGAUGUCCGCCGUGAAAAUGAUCAGAAUCUGAGAUGCUUAGGAGGAGAUAUGAUUAUAUACAGGGCUAAAGAUGAUGCUUCGACAAGCUUCGCACAAAGGCAAUUGGACAACGUGCGAGCAGCUGCUGUACAACCUCUGUGUGUGGGGGCUCAGGUAAUGCUCUUGAAGAACCUUGAGACCGCGGCUGGGCUUGUAAAUGGGUCGAGAGGUGUAGUGGUUCGAUUUUCUGCACCAGACGAUCCUGCAUCGGAGGAGUACGUACACUUGGCCAAAUUCAUCAACCCCACUAACCAGUGGCCAAUUGUCCGCUUCGCUUGUGAUGGCCUUGAGAGAUUAGUGGGCCCUGUAAGCUGGAGUGUCUCAGAUGGCAACAAAGAGGUUGCCAAGAGAAUCCAGAUUCCCUUAAUGCUGGCUUGGGCGCUCAGUGUACACAAGUGCCAAGGGAUGACGUUAGACUAUGUGGAGACCGAUCUCUGCAAGGCUUUUGGUCAUGGUAUGGUAUAUGUGGCUCUUUCACGGGUUAAGUCUCUGCAGGGCCUUCGCCUCAUUGGUUUCGAUCCAUCCAGGAUUUUGACCCGCCCUGUGGUAUCCAAAUUUUACGAAGGUCUGAACAAGUAAUUAGUAGUGGACCUCGACGACGACGAUGAUUUUACAUAAUGGAAUUUUGUACAUUACCUUAGUCUGCCUGCAGGUAGUAGAGUUUUUUUUUCGCGAAGGUUCUGCUUUCACUCAACGACAGUGAAGUUAACCCCGUGUGGCUCAUGCCCAAGGAGUAAUGAACAGAUCAAAACUUGUUGAUAGUGUAUGUGUUGACUUUGUCCCUUGCGGGAUAGACCACCCUUUGAGUCUCGCACAGUAAUGUUUACUGAUCCAUAAUUUUUUCUUUACUUAAAGUACAUUAGGAUUUCAAUUAUCUUCA